UCAGAUUCAGUAAUCGCACAGUUGCCACGAGGCGCAGUACAGCAGAUUAUGGCCGAGGAGCUAAUACGUCCACUCAGCGCCGAGUUGCGCCACAUUGCGGCAACCGAAUUGAAUGAGGUGGAGCAACGACUGCCCCAAGAUUUGCAGGCACUGCGAGAUUGGUUGGCCAAACAGCCGCAUUUGAAAGCACGCCAAGAUGCACAAUUUCUCGUUGCCUUUCUGCGGGGUUGCAAGUUCAGUCUGGAGAAGGCCAAAUCCAAACUGGAUCAUUAUUAUACCAUAAGAACAAUGAUGCCAGAAGUCUUUGGCCAGAACUACAUGGAUGAUCGAAGCAUUGCGUUUUGCCGCACGGGGACAUAUGUGCGACUACCAAAACCACUUGGCGUGGACGGACCACGCAUCCAGCUAACGGAUUAUUCCAAACUUGAUCCGAAAGUCUUUCAGAUGAUCGAUCUGUUUCGGUUUGAGACGCUGGUCAUGGGGCGACAGAUAACAGAGGAUGAUAAUAGCGUUAUCAGCGGCUACGUUGAGAUUCUCGACUUGUCCAAGUGGAACCUCAGUAUGGUGGCCCAAUUGGAUUUUUCGCUCAUCAAGAAAAUGGGCGUGUUUGCCGAGAAGGCGGCACCGAUGCGGAUGAAGGGUGUUCAUUUGGUCAAUUGCCCCAAGGAGGCAGUAGCUGUGCUUAACUUGGCCAGAAGCCUUAUGCCCAACAAGCUGCAGGAUCGAUUUUACGUGCACAAAAAUAUAGAACAACUUUCCAAAAUAAUACCCCGCGAAUAUCUGCCCGAGGAAUAUGGCGGCAGCAAUGGACGCAUUGCUGACAUCAUUGUCGAGAUGGAACGGCAGAUGCUUAGCUAUAACGACUACUUAAAGGAUGAGAUGAACUACGGCGUCAACGAGCAGCUGAGACCCGGCAAACACCUAACUCCCGACACCCUGUUCGGCAUUGAGGGCUCCUUCCGCAAAUUGGACAUCGAUUAGAUUUGCUCACAUUGACAAACCGACAUUGAAGGGAAAGAAGAUCUCUAAAUUGACAUAACUUAAAAUUUAAUUAUAUGUGAGAUGCAAAGAUUAAAAUGCUAGAUAGAUCAUCUGAAUAGAGCCCGUAUAUUUGCCCUAAGUUGAAUUGUAAAAGGGAAGUGUAAUGAAUACAGUGAAACCUCGAAAAUUAGAAAACUUAGAUGAUUCUAGUGCGCAUUUUUUAAAUAUCAUACAUACAAAUAAACUAAAUCUAUUAAUUUCAUUUAUUUUAUUAAUUUAUAAAAUGUAAUUUCAAUUCUCAAAUUAUUCUGAUUGUCAAAAAUCCAAAUUAUAAAAUAUAUAACUUUGAAAAAGAGAAUCAAAACAAU